UGAGUAACUCAGGGAAGUCAGUGGAUCUGUUCUUACUUGAGCGAGCAAAUUGUAAUGAGUGAGUUCUAACUUAAGUGAUUUUAACCUGUGUAUUUUUACAUUAUCCUCUUGCUUUAUUUUAUGAACCUUUAGUGGACAGAGAAAAAGGAUAAAAAUCUCAGGCAAGCUGUGUGUUCAUAAGUCUAUCUCUCAGGUUGCUACAUGUAGCUUUUGCUAAAUACUUGUGUUCAAUGAAUUGCUUAGAAUCUUCUGAUUUCUUUGAUUUCCCUACAGUUUCUUUUCUGUCAAGCAUAUACUACUGCACCUGUUUUAGGAAUAAAUGUAUAAGCAAAGUUACAUACCAGUGUCGAUUUUGGGCAGAACUGCAGCCUUGCAGAAGCUAGGGUUGAGUCCAAGCUCUAAAGCAUAGUAAGGAAGAAAAUCAAGAACAGUGAAAAAGAAACAGUGGUAUUUCUUUCAAAGAAGGACUUCAAUAAAAUCUGUGGCAUUGUAGUCUUCAAUGAAGAAGUUAUUAAAGCAAAUCUGUAUCCCAUCAUUUUAAGUAUAGAUUAUUUAGAGACUGAAACACAAAGCUGCGGCUGUCACCAUUUAAAAUGGUGAGAAGCAUAUGUUGGUACACUCAAUAAUUAUAGAUAAUCAAAUAUUUAUGCUUCAUAAUUGGCUAGUAUCAUGUCAUGUUUAUUACAAAUUACUCUCACUAGAAAGAGGUAAUAAAAUGAACACUUGCGUAAGUUCAGAUUUAAUAACAAAUUUAUUAUUUAGGUUUGAGGUAGUGUCCAACUAUUUCAUUUUUAUUUACUGUAGCAAAAUUCUUUUUUUCCCCCACUAUUAUCCAUAUAUGUGGCCUUUGGAGUCUCAUGUAACUGAGAUCUUUUAUACCUAUUGUUUUUCAACUGUAAUAUUACCUGAAAGAUAGUUACUAUACUGAAUUCACAUUAAAUUUGCUUAAAAAUAUAAUGUAGAUUAGAGCAUUAGUGAAAUAAAUCCUGAGAGGAGACAUUCAGUUUCUGUUAUUAUUAGGGACAUAAUUACCAUUGUUUUCAGGGUUGUGCAAGAAGUGGAUUCAUGGUUGUGCUUCCUUUUUCCCUUACUUUUCAGCUAAAAAAGAAAUAAUGUCAGCCCACCUGAGAAGUUUAGUUCUGUUAGAAAAUAAAUUUGAGAGCAGUUACAAUUAAUUAAUCUUUGGUAAUGUCUAGUGUAAAAGUAUUCCCUCUCUGACCUGAAAUUACACAGUAUGGACUGUGUAGUAAUCCUGUAUGUAAACACUGGCAUUUUCAAUAGUGUGUUCAUCCUCAUACAAUUUUGCAGUUACUAGAGAUACUCCUACUUUAGCCUACUCUAUAAAAGCAUGCAAUUUUCUGGAGUUUCUCAGCACUUGGCACCAAAACUAUUGUGUUAUUUUAUGUAAGUCUGUUUAAUUUCUCUGAAAUGCAUCCAGUAAGUUGUUCAGAUUAAAAGGUUUGAUUUGAAUGGUUUGAUAUGCCUCUGUCGAGAAAAUGUGGUUUUUACACUUUGGUUUGUUUUGUUAUAGAAUGCCUAAUGCCAUCUGUUCACUUCAGAUGGAUCCAGACUUGCAGGUGGAUUUGAUUGAUGUUUCUCUGAUUGAGCACAUCCUAUCAAGUGCUAUCAAGCAGGUUUCUCUGAAAGUGCAGCAGAUCUCUAGAAUGCUGAUGAUAUUAUUCCAAAGGACAAGAUUAGAAAAACCAGGUCAGAUAGAUCCAAGAGCUGUCAAAUUCACACUGAGCCUGCUAGCUGCCAUGUAUGACAGAUCUGGAACAGGUUAUAUCAAAACUAAAUCUGCUGCAACUGCCCUAAUUGCCCUUUCAGGAGACACUCUACUGGCUAAAUACAGAGCUUUCUUCCAGUUUUAUGCUGUCCCUGAUGGGAAUGUGGCCAUGAUUACCCGUAGUGCCCUGAGAAGCCUACUAACAGACUUAAAUCAGAUCCCAGCCAUUGUGGGAGAAAGCUGCACUCUGUCUUGUGUGGAAAUUGCUAUUCACAGCUGUUUCCAUGGGGUUCUGAAUUCAGCAAUUGUUGAAGAAAAAUUCCUGUCGUGGCUGAGAUCAGAGCCAGCUGUUCUCCUGUGGCUCCCUACAUGCUACAGGUUAUCAGUCGCAAAAAUGGUUUCUCACCAAGCUAGAUGUAGAGUCUGCAAAAUUUUCCCCAUUACAGGCCUCAGGUAUCGCUGUAUGAAGUGCCUCAAUUUUGACCUUUGCCAAGUGUGCUUUUUCACUGGCCGUCUCAGGAAGCCACAUAAGAGGUCACAUCCUGUUGUGGAACACUGCGUGCAGAUGUCAGCAAAGGCGAAUGCAAAGCACUUUCUCCGCACCAUCAGGAACAACCUGUUUCCAGAGCGCUGCAGAAGAAAGGAGGCUCAGAGAAGGAGGGCUCUGGAAAUAAUGGAGGAGAGGCACUUCCCUACUCACAGAAAGACUGUUACCCCAGCAGAACUCAGUGCUUCACCACUAUCUGGCCCUGAAAAUCUGGCUUUCCCUGUGGACAUACCAGACCAGGAAUCACCCAAAUUCAUAUCUGAAUACAGAACUGUAAUGCCAAAGAGUGAGAAUAGCAGCAAGAGACCAGAGCAAGGCAAGACAAAAGCUCGGGAAAUAGCCUCUUUUGAAGAAGAUGUGAUAAAUAUGCAUGAAUCCAUCAAAAGCAUUUACAAUGAGAGCAGGUAUAUGAAGAAGCAGUUCAGCAAAUGGAAGGACAAAAUGCAAUUUCUUUACAACUGCCAGGAAGAUAAAAGCUGCAAAUUAGAGGCAAAGCUCCAAAGCCUGAGAGCAAGCCAUGAAAACCUGCAAAUGAAGCUGCAACAAAUGAAGGAAGAAAUAAAGACAAUGUUACAGUCAUCAGAAUGUCAGAAUAUGAUGCCAAGAAAUCCUUAUGUCAUGCUGGGAAGGAGAAUGCACGGUGUAUUAAAUCCUGCCCAGAUAAGGCCUGCUUCCAGAACACGUGCAGACUGGAGAUCUUUGAAUCACUCCAACUCUGCCAAUAGAAUGGAGGUUCUACAGACUCUCAAGAUUCCUGCUGCAGAGGACUUCAUGUUUUCAAAAGGCACACAGGUGUCAGUGGCUUUGCAAAGUGACGCACCUUUUAUGAGACAGUAUAAAAUAGCAAAAGGGACUCAAACAUACUUACCUGAACUGACAGAAAGCUCCCUCAGUGGCACCAAGAGGAAUACAGUUCUUACUCCCACUGCAGUGCAGAUGCCACCUGAGGAGACAGAUGUCAGUGAGGAACUGGAACUGCAGCAGCUAGUGAUGAAACUGAAGGAUGCAUUUUUGCUCCAAGCGCAACCAGCUCAACAGUCUGCUUUGCAGCAGGAGUUGUUCUCUACAGCUGAACAUGUAUGCAGAUCCUUUUCUGAUCUCAUCAACCAAGUAACUUCACCAGCUUGUAAAUGAUGGAAACUACCAUCCACCUUACAGCUUCACUGAACUAUUGAAGGUAAUUGAUGUCAUGUCAGACUCUUUAAAGUGACUCAGAUGUUGUACUCUUAAUACUCAACAGAUUUUUGUGUUUACUGACUUUACCAGUCAUUGUAGUUAUUGUUAGAGAGUGAUGUUCCUUUUCUGUUGGUGGUUUCCAGUUUUUUCAAACUACUUAAUUCAUAUUUAAAGGAAAAGAUGCUUUGAACAUGCAAAGGAAUUUGAUUGCUCUGGAAGGGCCUUUCCAUUAUUGAUUAACUUAUAUAUUAGGAUAGAAUGGUUAAUAAGAAUGUAACGUUUAGUAUAGAAUCAAAUAUUAUUUUACCUGCAGCAUGGGUGAAGACUAGGAGUGUUAAUACAAAGCUGUGCACAAUGGGGCUUUUAGAUAUAUUAACAUAAUUUAGAUAAUUAACAGCAGGAGUGAGCAGAUGUGUUGUAACAAUGCUCAUCUCCCUCUCACACGCUAACAGAGCACUCUUGUAGGUGGCGGUUGCAGGCAGAGGCAACUGAGAGGGUGUUGCUGAGAACACUGAACUGUGUUCCCGUGCUCAUUGUGCUUUAGUGUUCCCUCCUCUUGAACAUUUGAAUGGUUUGUUGCACACUUGACUCUAAGCCCAAAUUCAGUGCCGUUGAAGGUGAUAGCCCUCUUACCAUUCUUUGUGUGCUUCCAUAAGAUCAGGAUUUCACCCAAUGGAACUAUGUUUAGGCUUUAUUUUGUUAAGCCCCAGUAACCAUUUGAAGAUUUCAUUUACACAUUUUGCUACUUGGACCUAUUUCUUCAAGCUGAUUAAUAUCCAACAAACUAGUUUUUCUUUGGGCGUUUGAAAAACCAAAACCCAACCAAAUAUUAUCACACACACAAGGAAAGAAACUUUGAAUGAACAAAUAAAUGUAUUUGCAUUCAGCCAGCCAGCAAUGAAAAUAUUUCAUCAAAGCCUCGUUACCUGCCCAAAGUUAAAUUGCAUUAGUUUAAUAUCAAUUUGCCUAUUAGAAUCAUCAAUAACAGUCAGAAGAAACAGAUUUGUCUACAAAGAACUUGCAAACUAAAAAAGAAGUAAAUUCAAGUUAUGUAUGAGAAUUCUUUUGAUUAAACGCUUUAAGUAAGAAUGUGCAACAUUUUAAGUGACUUUUUUGUAACUAAAAAUUUAGGGGAGAUACUGUAAAAAUAUAAUGUGAAAACAAACAAAGGAGCUGGUAAAACAUGUUAACUCUUGCUUUCACUGGAAAACUGAAAACAUUUUUUAAGGCUUUUAAAUAUAAAAAUAUGCACUAUUUUUCUUUAGUAGGGUGAUGUCUUUCAUCAGUGUUGCUUUGGAGGAUCUUGGCAACUUCCUGCUCUGCUUGUCUGAGUCUUAUUGAAGACAUAGAUCAGUUUCUUCCUGUUUUGGCACCCAAAAGACAAUAGUUAGGUCACAUGCAUUGCAAAAAGCAUGAUGUACACACAGAAUAAAAUAGGCAACUGCUUAUAAAUCAUGCAAUGUAUUUAAGGAGGCUGAAUUCAUAGGUAAUUAAAAAUAACUCAAAAGUCCAAGUUAAUCAGAGAUACAGAGCUCAUAGUUACAGGUCUUCUUUCACUGUGUGAAUUAACAUCAAUGAGGAUUAAAAUGCAA